AUGGCGCCAAUACGCCAUGUAUGUGGUGUUUGCUUUGCUAACAUCAGAGAAAACACUUCCAGUAUACUUUGUACCGAGUGCAACAAGUGGAUCCAUGCAAAAUGUACAAAGAUUGAUAAGGUUGAAUUCAACAAAAUUGCCAAUGACAUCAAAUACAAUAACUUAAAGUGGAAAUGCAAUGGUUGCGAAAGUGAGGUUAGCGUGAUAGUUGGUGACGAUCAGCAUGUUGACCAUGACGAUCUAAUCGUUAGAAAAAUGGAGAAGAUGUUCGAAAAACAUUUCUAUGCUUUCAAAGAAGACAUCGAGAACAAAUUGCUUACCAUUCGGUCGGAGCUGAACAACAUUGUCAAACAAAAUAACUCACUCAAUACAUUGUGUACACAGCUAGACGAUAGGGUCAGCACCGUUGAAUCGAAAUUAACAACGUUCAGUACAUGCGAUCCAGGCAGUGAAGAGGUAAUCGCUGAGAUCAAUGAACGUAGGAAACGAGCUAAACAAGUCGUCGCAUUCAACGUUCCAGAGUCUAAAAAACCAUCUGGUUCUGAACGUUUAAGCGACGAUCGUGCUCUCUUGGUCCCACUGAUUCCACAGGAGCUCUCCAACACCAUUCCCGAGCUAAAAAUUCGCAGGUUGGGGCGUCCAAUUGCUGGGAAAACCCGUCCCAUGCUUAUAGAAGCCCCCUCCGAAAGUGCUAGAUCAAUACUGAAAUUUAAACCACCAUCUUGCACCGACAUACGUAUAAAACCGGACUUAACACCAGCGCAACAAGCACACCUGAAAAAAGUACGCAGCGAAUUAAACACAUUGAUGGGAAGCAUAAGCCCCGUCCAGAGGCUCCAUGUGCACUAUCAGAACGCCAGAGGCCUGAGAACUAAACUAAGCACAUUUCUAACCACUACUGCUUCUACUCAACUUGAUAUCAUCUGCAUCAGCGAAUCCUGGCUGCACGCAUCCAUCUCCGACGGCGAAGUUAUUGACGGCACCUAUAAAAUAUUCAGAAAGGACAGAGAUCACACAACCAGUACACAUGAACGUGGAGGCGGCGUAUUCAUUGCUGUCAAACGUGUUAUCCAGGCAGAACAAAUUAUUAUUGAAGACAACAUUUUGGAGCAAAUAUUCGUCAAGGUGAAAGGCCAGAGUUAUGAUCUUGUAAUUGGCUGUGUUUAUAUGCCGCCUUCUUCAUCUAUCGACCUGUUCUCAAACCAUAUUUCAUCAAUAAAUCGUAUAACGGACAAAUACCCUAACUCGAAACUUCUAAUCUUGGGUGAUUAUAAUCUUCCAAGUAGCUCGCCGCCAGAUGACUGCACCAAACUUGCAUACGAAGGUUUCUACCUUUCCAACUGUCAACAACUUAAUAAAAUAUACAAUGCCAACGAUCGCAUCCUCGACUUAUGCUUCAGUAACACAGAUGCAAGCGUUGAAAAAAACUUCCCCAUCGUUGAUGAAGAUAAGCAUCAUCCCGCAAUUGGAGUAAACAUAGUCUUUCAAUCAAGUCUGAAGUCCAACUCCGCGCCCACCUUCUCAUUCAAAAAAGCCGACUAUGCAUCCCUUAACUGUUUCUUCACAAGGACCAACUGGAUAGAUCUAUACAAAAUCGACUCAAUUGACGAUAAAGUUAAUUUGUUUUAUGAUAUAGUAAACACUGGUCUAGUUCAGUUUGUGCCGAUGUACACAAGGAAGAGUAAUAACUAUCCUUGUUGGUUCUCCAGGGAGUUAAUACAGGUUACCAAGCGUAAGAAAGAAGCCCACCAUAACUACAAGCGGCAAAAGACCAGAGACUCCUACGAAACGUUUCGUCGUUUAAGGUUUGAGGCCAAACAACUUAGUGCUAGGUGUUACAUAAAUUACAUAUCAAAUGCAGAAAACGUUUUGAAAACUAACCCGUCAGAAUUCUGGAAUUUCAUUAAAAAUAAGAAAAAUAACGAUCUCGACAUACCAUCGACGAUAACCUGGGGAAAACAUACGGCGAACUGCGGUCCUGAAAUCAGCAAUCUCUUUGCCUCCUUCUUUAGGAGUGUUUAUCCGACUGACCAAACCACCGCCCCGGUCGCGACCAAUGCUGUAACCACUGAUUGUAACGACCUAAGUUUGUCCAGCUUGGAGGUCAAUUUCGACGAAGUUUUUGAUAACCUUUUGGCUCUAGAUACAAAUAAAGGGGCUGGUCCGGAUGGUCUGCCUAACCAAUUAUUAAAGUAUUGCGCUUCUGGGCUAUGCGAGCCCAUUACACAUAUUUUCAACAAGUCGUUGCAGACUGGUUACUUCCCCUCCCUAUGGAAGUUAUCCUUUAUAUGCCCCAUACACAAGUCUGGCCCAAGAUCGGAAGCAGAUAACUAUAGACCGAUAUGUGUGCAAUCAUCAUUAGCAAAACUGCUGGAGAAGAUAGUAUUAUCCAAAUUAUCUUCAUCUUUGAAAAAUGUACUCUCAUCCAAACAACAUGGCUUCAUCGGCGGAAGAUCGACCACAUCGAACUUGCUUUUGUAUGUCAGCCACAUAAUCAAGUCUAUGAGUAUGGGUUACGACGUUCACAGUAUAUACACCGACUUUAGUAAAGCCUUCGAUACGGUUGACCUCGACAGACUAAUCGACAAACUAAGUCUUUAUGGUAUUCGUGGCAAAGUUUUAGAUUGGUUUCGCUCAUACCUGUGCGGUAGAAGACUUGUUCUGAAUGGCUGA